GAAGCGGAGGCCAGGCUGGCGGCGAGGAGGGGACGGUGCGCGGGAAGAGAACUUUAGAGAUUCCUAGUAGCUGCUGGGACUCAUUGUGGGUCCUAUCCCGUCCCGGUCUGGUUGCAAAACAAGCUGGACUUUAGUGUUUUUGUACCAUGAAGUGCCUGAUCACCGGGGGCAACGUGAAGGUGCUAGGCAAGGCUGUCCAUUCGUUAUCCCGAAUCGGGGACGAGCUCUAUUUGGAACCCUUGAAGGACGGGCUCUCCCUACGGACUGUGAACUCUUCCCGUUCUGCCUAUGCUUGCUUCCUCUUUGCCCCACUCUUCUUCCAACAGUACCAGGCGGCUUCCCCUGGUCAGGACCUGCUGCGCUGUAAGAUCCUAAUGAAGUCCUUCCUGUCCGUCUUCCGCUCUCUGGUAACGGUGGAGAAGACUGUGGAGAAGUGCUGCAUCUCCCUCAGUGGCAGCAACAGCCACCUUGUGGUCCAGCUCCACUGCAAGUAUGGGGUCAAGAAGACACACAACCUCUCCUUCCAGGAUUGUGAAUCCCUGCAGGCUGUCUUCGACCCAGCCUCAUGCCCCCACUUGCUCCGCACCCCAGCACGGGUUCUGGCAGAGGCUGUUCUGUCCUUUCCCCUCGCGUUGACUGAGGUGACACUGGGUAUCGGCCGUGGCCGACGGGUCCUCCUGCGCAGCUACCAGGAAGAGGAGGCAGAUAGCAGCAGCAAAGCCAUGGUGACUGAGACUAGCAUUGGAGAAGAGGACUUCCAGCAGCUGCAUGCCCCAGAGGGGAUAGCUGUCACCUUUUGCCUCAAGGAAUUUCGGGGGCUCCUGAGCUUUGCAGAGUCAGCGAAUUUGCCUCUUACCAUCCACUUUGAUGUUCCAGGCAGGCCAGUCAUCUUUACCAUUGAGGAUUCUUUGCUGGAUGCCCACUUUGUCUUGGCCACACUCUUAGAGCAAGACUCAUGUUCGCAGGACCUGUGUUCCCCAAAGCCCCACCAGCCAGUGCCUCAGAAGCAGGCAAACAGCACACCCCACUUAGAUGACUUUACCAAUGAUGACAUUGACUGUUACAUGAUUGCCAUGGAAACCACCGUGAGCAAUGAGGGCUCUGGGGCACAGCCUUCCCCUUCCCUCCCACCAGUCCCCCAGGCCUCCCAUGACCUUGCCCCCACCUCAGAGGAAGAAGAGGCUGAGUCCAGUACAGUGCCUGGGACCCCCCCACCCAAGAAGUUCCGUUCACUUUUCUUUGGCUCCAUCCUGGCCCCUGCACACUCCCCCCAGGGUCCUAGCCCUGUGCUGGCUGAAGACAGUGAUGGCGAAGGCUGAACUUGAGAAACUAAAGUCUGUCCAAAGGCUCAUGGACCAGAAGCAGGCCAAGCCACUGGCAGAGCUGGGCAUCAGUCUCUGGACAUGGACAUGGAAAAAGGUCUAUGCCUUGGGUAGGCCCCACUUGACUGUCCGCUGCAGAGCUGCCUAGGCAACCAUGUUUGGUCCGUGUUCUAUAUUUACUCAGCCUGUACCAACCAUGUCUCUUUCUGGUGCACAGCUGUCACCUACAGAUUCUUCACCUCUUACUUUGAGGCUCUAUAGUAUCUGGCCAGAGCCAGAAACUUAGCUUCCUCAGGCUCCCUUAUGUCUAAAGCCUCUAAAAAGAGAUCAGUGUUGAACACACUCUGCCAAUCAUGAGCUCCACUCCCGUCAACCCUUCUGUGGUCCGUAGGAACUGUUCCCUUUCCUAACACUUGGGCCUUGGCUUAGAAUCCUAACAGCGUCUGGUGUUGCCCUGGCUGGGCCUGUGUCCAGCCAUUCAGUCUGCCCUCCCAGGUGGCUUUGUACCAAAGGACUACUGGCCCACUGUCUGGGAUGAGGGAAACACAGGCCAUGGCGAGAAUCCAGCUUUGACCUUUAUUCAAGAGACCAGAUGGGUUGCCCCAGGAUCUGGCUGCCAGCCAUGCAAGGCUGGAGACCCACAAUCUGGUCUGCCAUUGCCCUGAGCUGCAGCCUGGGCCCCAGGAUUCCACUUGCAGCCACCACAGGUGCUGGUGGGAGGGAGCCCUGGGAGGUUAGAUGCUGCUAUUGAUUCUUUAAAAAAUAAAGGAAAGACACUUAA